AUGAUUCCGAGGCUGAAAUCUGAGAUCAACCACGUCAAAAGCCAGUGUGCCAACCUUCAGACUGCCAUUGCUGAAGCUGAGCAGCGUGGCGAGAUGGCCCUCAAGGAUGCCAGGGGCAAGCUGGAAGGGCUGGAGGACGCCCUGCAGAAGGCCAAGCAGGACAUGGCCAGGCUGCUGAAGGAGUACCAGGAGCUCAUGAAUGUCAAGCUGGCCCUUGAUGUGGAGAUCGCCACCUACAGGAAGCUGCUGGAAGGAGAGGAGUGCAGGCUGAAUGGUGAAGGCGUUGGACCCGUCAACAUCUCUGUGGUGCAGUCCACCAUGUCCAGCGGCUAUGGCAGUGCAGGUGGUGCCAGCAGCAGCUUGGGCCUGGGAGGAGGCAGCAGCUACUCCUACGGCAGCAGCCAUGGCCUUGGAGGUGGCUUCAGUUCUGGCAGUGGCAGAGGCCUCAGUGGUGGCCUGAGCUCCUCUGGUGGCAGCUCUUCCACCAUCAAGUACACCACCACCUCCUCCAGCAGGAAGAGCUACCGGCACUGA